GAUACCGGCAAGUAGGCAGGGCCAGGGAAUAACGUUUAGCCUUCCUGGCUGAGCUAAAUGACACUCUCAAUAUGCAGGAGACUGUAACGGUGAGGCAUCAACAUCAGACUCUCUUCAUGUGUCACCUGCUCCCCUGAUACCUUCAACUGAACACUACCAAAGAGAGCAUCUAGUUUCGUUGCCAGCAUCAGGUACUUCUGUCACACCAUUUGACAUGUCCCCCAGUGACCCGUCUGUCACUCCUGAGAUCCCUGUCUUCACAGCACAAAAUGACACAGGACUGAAAAGAUAUGACCAUCCUUUUUCCGAGCCAGUGACAAUAGCCAUUGUUUUGGGGGUGAUCGCUGGCAUCGUUGGAACUAUCCUUCUCUUUUAUUACUUAAUCAGCCUAGUAACCAAGAAAAGUUCAGUUGACAUACACCCUCCCAAGAGCGAAGACACAGAUGUGCAUCUAAGUUCUAUUGAACAGAGCGUUGUUCAAGAAGAGCCUGCCGAUGUUUGAAAAACCUCAAAGAAAACACAAGACUUCAGUCAAUGGAAAAAGUAAUACAAGAAUCAGACAUCUCAGUAAAUUAUGUACCGUCCUGAGCUGUACUGUUAUAAGAGAAAAUGUCACCAUUUGAAGCUUCACGAUGGGGGGCGGCGGGGGAGGGACACCUCUUUUCAUUAGUAACUGAAGAUGACGAACAAGUUUCCUUUACACUUGAUUUCGUGUUGGUAAAAAUUUUUGUAACUACUUCACUAGAAAUUUUGCUCCAAAAUUUCAAUUGAGUUUAUAUGCUGUCCAUUAAGACUGACUUAUUUGACUGUGUUAUAUUUUGUUCAUAAUGUUAUCAUUGAAAGGUUUAUAGUAUCUCUGUGAAAUCCAAGUUCCUUUAUCAUUCUAACUGCUGAAUUCAGCUUCACUGUUUUAAAUAAACUAAAAGGCCGGCAAGUCCUA